GACACUCUUGUUGUUGGUUCUAGGUAUAGAACCGCGACUUCGUUCAUUACCCAUCGAUCUCUACCUCUUGCAACCACCUCAAACACUACAAUCAUCACAUUCAUUUAUCACACUCAUUGAAACAUUCUUUUCAGACAUUGAUCAUGCUGUCCAAAUUCGUCCUCCUCACCACCGCACUGCAAGCCGGCCUUGCAACCGCAAUCGGCAACGCAAUCGUCAGCAACCGCUGUUCCUACGACAUCUGGCUCUGGAGUGUCGAUCAAGGCUACUCAUCGGGACCGAUCCACAUCCCUGCACGCACCAAAUACUCGGAGCCCUUCCGCAGUGCAUGCAAUGGCUGCGGUUCCUCGCUGAAGAUCAGUAAAACCGACCAGCUCGUCGGCGGACAACACACACAGUUCGAGUACAGCAUAGCUGACGGGAGCAUCUGGUACGACAUCUCUUUCGUGGACUGCGCGAAGGGCGAGAAUGCAAGCAACUGUCCUGGCCAUGACAAGGGGCUGGUGAUGGAUAGCCCGGAACAGGCGUGCGGGAAGGCGAACUGCGCUGCUGGGAGUUACUGCCCGACGCAGUCUUACUAUGUCGAUUUUCCGCAGCAGAAAUUGGGUCUCGACGAUCCGGUAUUUGGUUGCCCUGGUAAAGGCACGAGUAUGGACCUUUACAUGAAGGUGUGCAGCGAUGAAGGUCCGCUGAAGAGGAGCAUUGCUGGCCGGAUGACGCUGGAUGACUACGCCUAGACGGCGCCAACUUCCCUUCUUUGUCUUCCGUCAAUUCUUCUGUAAAUCCUUUGCGCCAUGUUUCUCUUUCUAUGCGC